AUGAAACCUCUACUCUACGACACGUCAUGGACCGUGUACACCAUUCCACAAAUAACACCUCCGCUCUCGAAACUUCUCUCAGCGCCUGCCACAACCCCGCAAGCACGCGAGAAGCGCCGCGAGCAGCUUGCUUCGCACGCACAAUUUUUUCAAGAAUACCUGGACGAGAGCCGCCCGCGGCACGAACGCGACGAUGAGAAAACGUCCUUGGGCGGAUUAAAGCACUCCACAUGGACCCGACUCGACAACAUGCUCGACCAAGAUGAAGACGAGCAUCCGCAUUCCCCUGUGCCGCAUACUGGGCAGAAGCGACCGAGACAGCAGUUGGGACAAGAAGAAGAAGACCGGGUCCAAAGCAGCGCUCUGGUCGUGUGUCUUGCCUACGAAAAAGAAACCUUCAGAUUCAUUAUCUACUCGACUUGUCGCUCGACCGCCAGGACGUCAAAACGCCGUCGUACGACUUCCCCAACAUCAACAUCCCAAAGUACCUCAGCACUCUCUACAGACGACACGGCGGUCCUGCUCUCAAAAUCUUCGCCCUCUAUGUUGAAACGAUUCACCACCUACCUCUCUGACAAAUUCUCCGUUGACGCGAUCCGUCCUCUCUCCCUUUCCUCGCCGUUUCUCCAGUCCAGCUUGGAACGCUACAUUUCCACCGUCCCAUCCGCUCUUCUCGGCCAAAUAAGGCUCACUCUCCCAUUCGCGAGGCCCAUCGCUCCUGAUCUUAAGAGUCUCGAAAUCGCAGUCCCAAGAGAGACGACCGAGUCGUUCACCAAGUCCCGGUCAUCCCAGCGAAGGAGAUCCGGUCCUCGACAGACGCGUGGCGAGAACCUCUUCAUGCACCAUCUCGCCAAAUUUAUCCUCACCAAGACUGGCCUCUCCAUCCCGACGAUCUGUAAUGUCCCUGGUGCGUCAGAAGGAGAGCCGAAGUCGUUGGUCGUGGUUCCGCAGCACGGCGCCAGCCCAGCAAGAGUGUCGAAGAUCUCGACAGCGUGUUUCGCCCUUUCUGCCGAGUGUCGCGUCAAAUUUGAGAGAAAGGCCGUGGAGGCUGCCGAGGGUGUGGAGGGCGUGCAUGGCGAGGUCGAUUCAAGUCCCGACGGCGCAGAGAAUUGUGUCAGACGUGCCAACCGCGGACUGCUCGCCGCGCUGGUGGGCGAGGCGCGCCGGCAAGUAAGGGACGAGAGUAACCCUUCUGAUAGUUGUGGCUAG